AGGCUGUAUGUAGCCAUCACCACACUGAAAAUGAUAGGGAUUAUCAACUUCAUCAUAGGUUUCAGCAUUCCCAUGUCCAUCAUUGCCGUCUGCUAUGGGCUCAUUGCUGCCAGGAUCCGUAGGAAGGGCCUGGUCCAUUCCAGCCGCCCCCUGCGGGUCCUCACUGCCAUUAUGGCCUCCUUCUUCAUCUGCUGGUUCCCAAGCCAAUUAGUCAGCCUCCUCAGCUCAAUCUGGUUCAAGGAGAUGUGGAUCCAUGGUAAAAUCCUCCAGGUCCUGAACCUGACCAGCUCGCUUGCCUACUUCAACAGCUGCCUCAACCCAGUGCUCUACGUCUUCAUGGGCCAGGACUUUCGGAAGAGGCUGAUCCACUCCUUGCCGGCCAGUCUGGAGAGGGCCCUGAGCGAGGACUCGGCCCAGCCUAGUGACAUAGCCACCAACUCUUCCUGUCUCCCUACAGAGGUUGAGUUACAGGCAAAGUGAAAAGGGGGCUGGGGUAGCCCACCCUGGUMCCAGCUCCAGAUUCCUCUUCCCUCCAGCCAUGUUCUCACUUACCCUGAAAAAGUCCUUCUGUGUCCCUUGAUUUGGGGAAAGAAACAGACAAUGGGGUUUUGGUACUCUGGGUGACAUUUUUGGUACUUGACCUGCGCCUCUACCCUGGGCUAAGAGGAGGUGGAGAAAGAGUCUAAGGGGGAAGAGUAAUGAAUUUAUAAGGCUUAGAUCAGAGUAGAUACCUCAAGUAAAACUGUAUACUUCAUCAUUAAGUAAAAUGUUUGCUGUAGGCUUUUUGUACCUGCUUUUAAAAUAUGAGACUAUAUAAGUUUUCUCCUGUGCCUAGUUUG